AUGGCCAGCACUGCCAGCCCUCCCGCCGCCAAUGGCAGCUCUGCUAAGAGUAGUGAGUAUUCGGAGCCUUCGGCCCCGCCGACCUAUUUCCACUCAUUUUUCUCCAACCUGCUAUCGUGGGACAACCCUCGGUCGUCUGCUAUCGCCUACGCCUCGAUUGUGACGUUUAUCGUCGCAGGCCGGUAUCUCGAUGUGGUCCGGUGGGCUUUCAAGUUGACCUGGAUUGUGCUGGGUGUGGCCGUGGCUGCCGAGGUUGCCGGUAAGGCCGUGCUCAACAAAGGUCUGGCCAGCCAGCUCCGGCCUCGCCAGUACUACACCAUCCCGCGCGAGACCUUUGAGGCUCUGCUCGGUGACAUGCACGAUCUGCUCAACUUCUUCGUCAUCGAGGCUCAGCGCAUUGCUUUCGCCGAGAAUGUUUACGCUACUGCUGCCGCGUUUGUCGGUGCCCUGAUUGCGUACAUUCUCAUCAAGUUCGUGCCGUACUGGGGUCUUGCUCUGAUCUUCAACACGGUGGUCUUCUUCGCCCCCCUUGUCUACAAGACCAACAAGGAGCUCAUCGACGAGCAGCUGAAGCAGGCUUCUAACGUGAUCAACACCCAGACCAGCCAGCUUCGCGAAACCGCCCACAAGCACACUGCCCAUGCCGCUGAUCUCACCAAGCAGUACCUAGGUGACUACACUACCAAGGCUCAGCAGCUGCUGCGCGGCCGCCAUGCCACGUCCGCUGCGACUACCCCAAUCGCCCCUUCUUUCCCUACAGCUCCCAGCACUGCCCCUUCGCAAAAGGUCAGCGAGGCCGACUUCCCCACCGCUCCCAAGGCGGCUAUCCCUAUCCAGAAGCCGGUGGCCGACGAAGACUCGGAGGAAGAGUCGUCUGAGGAGGAGGAGGAGCCGCUCAUCUCCGCAUAG